AUGCACAGUGUAGAUAAAAUAUCAAUUCAAUCCCACCGCUAUGUGGAAGCAACUGCCCGUCGAGAGUGCGAUCGCACCUUCGUGAGCCGCGGGGGCGCCAGCAACGGGACAUUCACAGCUCCAGAACUCCACAAUCCAUACAACCAGAGUCGGCAGUGCCUCUACACAUUUCUAGCAGCACCAGGACAGCGAGUGCUCGUCGAGUUUUGGACUUUCGACCUGAGAGGGAAGCCGCCAGAUGGAGCGGCGUUCGGAGAAUUACCAGCAUGCAUGCACGAGUACAUGGACAUAUACUCAGAGAUGUCCUCUUUGGAGACCGGCGAGCUCGUCAACUCGGCCUUCGGAGGACGUUACUGCGGCCCUAUUCCUCCGCGACGCCGGGUGUCACUUCACCGCGCAGUCGCUCUCGCAUUCUUCACCGACCAUACAUACACGCCAUCUACUCUGUUUUACGGGAGCUAUCGGUUCAUCAACGCAACGGAAUUCGAAGUGGGAACGCCCAUACCGAACACGUUGUGCUCGUACGUGAUCGACGUGGGCAAACGCAAAACAGGGCUGCUGGUGUCUCCCACUUAUCCCGGGAUAUACCCGAAGGACAUCACAUGCAACUACCAGUUCGUCGGACAACCGGGACAGCGAAUACGGCUCGAGUUUCGAGACUUCGAUCUGUUUUUCGGCGGGCCACACUGCCCAUUCGAUUGGGUGCGCGUAUACGACGGUCCCGACAACACAUCAGCAAUCAUAGGCACUUAUUGCGGCCAGCAACGCAACCUGGUGCUGUACUCCAGCGACGAACGUCUCCUGGUCACAUUCUUUACGCUCCCACGAGCAGCCAACACACAGAACCGCGGGUUUAAGGGCAUCUUUGAGUUUUCCGAAAGUUUUGUUAAAUUAGAUUUUAUAAGUAAACACGACGCUGAGCACAUUAGGGGCUCGGAGUGUGAUCAAAAAAUUCUUAGUAAAAAGGAAUCGUCUGGAUUUGUGUACCAUCCAAAUUAUCCAUUCCCUUAUAUACAAAAAGUUGUUUGUAGAUAUUUUAUAUAUGGUAUGCAAGACUCACAGAAUCUCGAGCGAGUGCGGUUGGAGUUUCAGAACUUUUCUAUACCUAAAAACAUCUCAAACCCCGACACUUGCUCUGAUGGAUAUCUGAAGGUUUACCUUCGAGGCCAGGAAGCAACUGAUUCCUAUGACAAGCACGAUGCAGAGCUAUGUGGAGAUGGGGACAUAAUACCUUCCUUCCCACCACCUCUCCUUUCUGAUGGCCCUCGGCUGGUCCUGGUCUUCAGCUCUGGAGAGCUGCAGGGCCGUGGCUUUAAGGCCAAAUAUACCUUUGAAACGGAAUACCGCGUCCCGGGCACCGCAGCGCCAGGUGGUUUGUGCGCGUUUACAUAUCGUUCGGAAGCUAAAAAGAGAGGAGAGUUUAAUUCCCCACGUUAUCCAUCUAACUAUCCCUCUUACACCAAUUGCACGUAUACGCUCGUCGCAACACCAAACGAACAAGUGACUGUUGUCUUCGAUCACUUUAAAGUUAGAGCUGAUGCUUGGAAUGCCACUGCUGGGUUAUAUGGGGGAGCAACUUGCAGCGAAGAUUGGGUAGAAGCCUGGUGGACAGGAAGGGAAGGUACAAGAGUGCCUUUAGGACGAUGGUGCGGACUUGCCACGCCGGGACCUCUGCAGUCCCCAAGGGGAGCUCUGGGGCUCCUAAUUGCAUUGCAUACUGACUCGGAAGCUGUUGCAUCUGGUUUUAAAGCAAGAUAUGUUUUUGAGCCCGCUAAAUCGAUAUUCGGAGACUGCGGCGGUAACGUAUCCGGCUCCCCUUGGGGUAUAGUAUCAUCACCUCGUUACCCUCUCCCUUAUGAAGCACCAGCAAGAGGAGCAGCAUCGAGGGUCUGCAACUGGUUCAUAACGGCUAAGCCUGGAAGACGUCUGCUGCUUAACUUCGAUCACUUUGCCGUUGAAGGCCAUCUCACUGAACGCGGUUGUCCUGCAGCAGUUCUUCGACUCUGGUAUGAAAGUCCAGGACCUCCAUUGGAGUUGUGUGGUGAAAAGGCACCUGGUGAUCGGUGGCAGUAUCUCUCUUCUUCCAACUCCAUCAGGCUUUCGUUUAUAAUAGCGGACAAGUCGGUAGGAGCUGCGGGUUGGCGGGCUGUAUGGACGGAAGUGACAGUAGGUGUAGGUGAAGAGUGUCCCGAAGCGUGUGGCGGCGCCUGUCUUCCUCCUGGAGCUCUGUGCUCUGGUCUCCCACAUUGCGCAGGACAGCGCAAGUCUCCACGAUGUUAG